CUGAACAGCAGUAAAAACAACAGGCUGUUUAAAAAGACAAUGGUUGCAUGGAAAGAGCGGGGAGAAUACAUUAGUGUACAAAACACUUAACGAUGGUUACAUGCUUAAUGCUUUGUUCCAGUGGUUAUUUUUUAAGGAAAAAAGGUGACGUUAUUUUUUAACCCCUAAUUUGGCUCAUUUGAAGUCGUCAAAGUAGAGGAGUGUUCCAGUGAUCUAGUUUAUAUUUUAGAUUAUUCCACUAUGCAUAGAGUUGUCACAUUUGACAUUUGUCUACAGCUCCUUCACUAGACUCCAAAUGCACUGACUAAUAGAACAGGUGCAAACUAAUUGACCUCCACCAACCCAACAACCCACCAAUCCAAGUACAUCUAUAACGUACAAAAAACAUACAUGACACUGUUGAUGUUGGAUUCCGGAUUUCUGAUCCAGACCCAAACCAAUUAUGGGAUACAAUACUUUUCGUGCUUUUGGCUUCUUCCAAGCCUACAUCUUGGCCGGCAAUUGCUAGUCACUAACACUUCAUUGGUAAUAACGACUGGGUAUAGAUUGCGCGGACAUUAACAUGCUUUAAUCAGAACAAAUACAAGGUUAGUGAGAAGCAAUCUCGUGUUCUUCCCACAUGCCCCACAACCUAAAGGAUGCAAAGAGGUUUGUCUCUUUACCUAAUUUCUCCCAUUCCGUUCUGCCUGAUCUUUCAAACUUUGAGCUCAUCAAAUUUAUCAACAGGAUAUGCAGUGCUGCUAGGAUGCCUCUCUGCUGGGGUGAUAGUUGGGGUCAUUGCCAUUCUCUGCCAUAUCAGGAGAAGAGCAAGCAAGUUUAAACCAUCAAGAAAGGAUAUCGAGGUCACAUUGGCAUCCCUUGAGUAUGAGGAGACUACCUGCAAGCCGAUGUCUAUCAAAGAUAUAUACACAGCAACUGAGAACUUGAGUCCAACAAACGUCAUUGGACAGGGUAUUGCAGGGAAAGUGUACAGAGGAGUGCUGGCAAAUGGCUGGCCUGUUGCAGUGAAGCACAUCGUUAAGAAUGAGCAUGCAGGAACUUUCCUUAGGGAAGUUACAAGCCUGUCACAUGUCAGGCACCCGAAUCUGGUGUCGUUAAGAGGUUACUGUGAUGGGCAGGAGGAGUUCUUUCUUGUCUAUGAGCUGUGUAUCAAUGGUAAUCUAUCAGAAUGGCUAUUUGGAAAAGAUAAGAACCUCUCAUGGAUUCAGAGGCUUCAGAUAGCACUUGGAAGUGCUUGUGGCCUUUGGUUCCUGCACAUAUAUCCUGAAGGCUGCAUCGUUCACCGUGACAUCAAGCCAACCAAUAUACUUCUUGGGGUUGAUAUGGAACCCAAGCUGUCAGAUUUCGGACUCUCAAGAGUCAUUGACUUAGGUGUGUCGUACGUAAGCUCUGAAGUCAGAGGAACCUUUGGCUAUGUCGAUCCGGAAUACCGCCACAACCGCAAGGUGAAUGCUGCAGGGGAUGUGUACAGCUUCGGGAUGGUGCUCCUGCAGCUCCUAUCAGGAAAACGAGCAAUCAACAUCAUGAAUACCGCUAUGCCAAUGUCACUGGACAAAAUGGCUUCUGCACUUAUCCAAGAUGGCAAUGUAUUGGACUUUGCUGAUCCUAGGUUGAAUGGAGAGUACUCAACAGAGGCAUUCGAUCUUAGUUUGAAGCUUGCUCUGUCAUGCACUGGUCACAAGAAGCAGCGGCCAUCCAUGGAGCAAGUUGUGUCAAAGCUGGAGAAGGCACUUGAGAUCUCCUUGAGAGAUGAUGCGAAGCACAACAGCAUUAGCAUCAUUGAGUCCCUUGCAUAGCUACUAGUGCCCCUUAAUGUUUAAACA